AUGUUCAUGGUGAGGAAGAGAGUGAAGGUGUGUUUUGUUUUAUCACCGCAGGCAAAGAUCUACUUCUCUUUUCCCGGAGAGCUGCUGAUGAGGAUGCUGAAGAUGCUCAUCCUUCCACUCAUCACGUCCAGUUUGAUGUCCGGCCUGUCGUCGAUGGAGUCUAAGGCGUGCUGUCGGAUGGGUGUCCUGACUGUCACCUACUACCUGUGGACCACCUUCAUCGCCGUGGUGGUCGGCAUUGUGCUCGUCAUCAUCAUCAAGCCCGGCAUGGGGACUGAAGUGGAGAGCAACCGGCUGGGAGGGGGGCCCGUUAUGACCUCAGCUGAUGCCCUGCUGGACCUGAUCAGGAACAUGGUUCCCUCUAAUCUGAUCGAGGCCACGUUUCAGCAGUACAAAACAGACCUGGUCCCCAUCCUCAAAGUCCCGGCCAGAACCAUCCAGCCCAACUUCGUCUACGUCGUCCCCGAUGAGACCGACCCCAAAGGUCGGACGGUGUACCUGGAGCUCACCCCCCCUCCUGAUAUCACGUACAAGACGAGUCCAGGCAGCAGCCAGCAGAUGAACGUCCUCGGCAUCGUCAUCUUCUCUGCAACCAUGGGUCUGUUGCUGGGCAGAAUGGGAGAGCGAGGAGCUCCACUGGUCAACGUCUGUCAGUGUAUCAACGAGUGCGUCAUGAAGAUCAUCAACGCUGCCGUCUGGUACUUUCCGUUCGGGAUCAUCUUCCUGGUGGCGGGGAAGAUCCUGGACAUGCAGGACCCGAGCACGCUGGGGAAGAAGCUGGGCUGGUACGGCAUCACCGUGCUCGCCGGCCUCUUCGUCCACGGACUAAUCCUCCUGCCUCUCUUCUACUUCAUCCUCACCAGGAAGAACCCCUUCUCUUUCAUUCGUGGGCUGCUGCAGGCCUUGGUGAUCGCUCUGGCUACCUCCUCCAGCUCUGCCACGCUGCCCAUCACCAUGAAGUGUCUGUUGGAAAACUGCCAUGUUGACCGACAGAUCGCCCGCUUCGUCCUCCCUGUGGGUGCCACCAUCAAUAUGGAUGGCACGGCGCUGUACGAGGCUGUGGCGGCCAUCUUUAUCGCUCAGGUUAAUGACUAUGAGCUGGACUUCGGCCAAUUAGUCACCAUCAGCAUCACAGCUACAGCUGCCAGCAUCGGGGCAGCAGGGAUUCCUCAGGCUGGUCUGGUUACCAUGGUGAUCGUACUGACAUCAGUGGGUUUGCCACCAGAUGACAUCACACUCAUCGUGGCCAUUGACUGGAUCCUCGACAGGUUUCGGACUAUGAUCAACGUUUUGGGCGAUGCUCUGGCGGCGGGAAUUAUCGCCCACCUCUGUCGGAAAGAUUUCCCCCUCAGUGGAUCAGGAAAGUCUGUACCGUCAUACGGUACGCAGAUUCCUCACAACAACUCCCACAGCGUAGACGUGCCAAUGACAGAGAUCCACACUCACAAAGACUGCAUGUUCGACACGAUGGGCGACUCGGCGAGCGAGAGGCAUGCGCACACCGUCUACUACAACAUCUGUCAGGUGUGACAGAUCAGCUCGCCU